GGGGAGAGUAUUAUUUUGCAUUAUGUCAAAUUGUAAUGCUAUAAUUAAUUUUACGUCGCAUGGUAAGUACAUACAUGCCUGGCCGGUAAUAUAGACUACCUUAAAUCUUAAUUAAUUAAAGUGAACUACAAAUCCAAAAUCAUACUAGUACAAGUAUAUGUGAAAGAACCGAAUUAUAAAUAAAUAAAUAAAUAAAUAAAUAAAUAAAUAAAUAAAUAAAUAACAGAAAAAAGGGAAAAGCUUUGUUAAAGCUGAACAGGUAUAUAAGUAAUACACAUAACAUGAUAACAUCAAACCCUCCAACCAAUUCCAUUCUCACCCUCUCUUCUUCUUUUUAAUAACUCAAGAAAUAUAUAUACUCAAAGACAAUUCUUGAAAACAACUCUACUUCAAUUCUCUCUUUUUAGCUUUCCUUUGCACAACAAAUCAAAUCCCAGUGUCUUGCUUAUCGCAAUCUGAUCAGAAUUUAGAUAUAUAAGCUAACUAGCUUCAAUUGUUUGGUCACUUUUCCAAGCAUGAACCAAAUCCAAAGGAUAUCAUGACUUGCACUGAAAUGUCUUUCUUCCCCACAAAUUUCAUGCUCCAAACCUCUCAUGAAGAUCAUGACCAUCAACCCUCCACAUCUCUCAAUCCCCUCCUUCCCUCUUGCACUCCUCAAGACUUUCCAGGAGUGGCUUCAUUUCUAGGGAAGAGAUCUAUGGCUUUUUCUGGGGUGGAAACAACACAAAACUGUGAAGAAGCACAUGGAGUAGAUGAUGAUCUGUCAGAUGAUGGGUCCCAAGCAGGAGAGAAGAAGAGGAGGUUGAACAUGGAACAGGUGAAGACUCUGGAGAAGAACUUUGAGUUGGGAAACAAGCUUGAGCCUGAGAGGAAAAUGCAGUUGGCUAGGGCACUUGGGCUGCAGCCAAGGCAGAUUGCCAUUUGGUUUCAGAAUAGGAGGGCUAGAUGGAAGACCAAGCAGUUAGAGAAAGACUAUGAGGUCCUUAAGAGACAAUUUGAUGCUGUCAAAGCUGAAAAUGAUGCCCUCCAAGCCCAAAACCAGAAGCUUCAUGCUGAGAUAAUGGCACUAAAAAACAGGGAUCAACAGCCCACAGAAUCCAUAAACCUCAACAAAGAAACAGAAGGAUCUUGCAGCAAUAGAAGUGAGAACAGCUCAGAGAUAAAGCUGGACAUCUCAAGAACAAAAACUCCAGCCAUUGACAGCCAUCCAAGUGGCAGGUCUCUUUUCCCUUCCAAUAGUAUGAGGCCAGCUGGCAUGGCCUCCCAUCACCUCUUUCAAAACUCACCAUCUUCAAGGCCAUCAGAUAAUAAUCUUCAUCAUCAGCAUCAUCAGUGCCUCAAGAUGGAACAAUCUGUGGUCAAAGAAGAAAGCUUGUCCAGCAUGUUCUGUGGCAUUGAUGAUCAGUCUGGAUUCUGGCCAUGGUUGGAGCAACAGCAUUUCAAUUAAAGAGCUGAGUGAUGCUUUUUUUACUUUUAAAAUUUGUGGGAUUUGAGUGAAAUAAUUUCAAAUUAUAUAUAAUCACUUUACAUAUGGGGAUGGGCUGGUUGAAGAUAUAUGGAGGUGGAGUUAUGCUUUAAUUUGUUCAAUUUAAUUUGCUCUAUCUCUUGAGGUCUAUAUAGGUUAAGUUGGUGUAUAAAUUAACAGCUAAGAAGCAUUGCUUUUGAUUAUAAGUUGAGCCCCCACCCCUGGCCCCCUACUUUUUAUUUCUUCAGAUCUUUAAAAAGAAGGAAAAAAAAAUGAAAAGACAGACCUGUCAUUUGCAAUACAUGUCAUGUUUCAUAUCUACCAAUGUGUGUGUUUAUUUGUGUCCAAACUAUUUUUGGUGUUUUGAUUGAGCACCUUUAUGUAUAAGACAUUGGGAUCAAUUAUCAUUAAGGGUUAUUUGUUGUA